CGGGCGGCGCGCGGCGGGCAUGGCGGGUGCGGGGCUGCGGGCGGUCGCUCGGCGCUGGCUGCCUUGCGGAGGCCACGGCGGACCGCGAGCCGCCUCGUCCUCGCCCUCCUGCCCCGGCUGCGGCCCCCCGGGUCCCGGCGUCCAGUGCCCGGGUGCUCCGCGCUUCGCGCCCGCCCCGGCGCCCACCGGCGGCGCCGAGCUUGGCGCGCACCUAUGGGCUCGUUACCAGGACAUGCGGAAGCUGGUGCACGACCUCCUGCCCCCUGAGGUCUGCAGUCUCCUGAACCCAGCAGCCAUCUACGCCAACAACGAGAUCAGCCUCCGUGAUGUCGAGGUCUACGGCUUUGACUACGACUACACGCUGGCCCAGUAUGCAGACGCGCUGCACCCAGAGAUCUUCACUGCCGCCCGUGACAUCCUGAUUGAACACUACAAGUACCCAGAGGGGAUUCGGAAGUAUGACUACAACCCUAGCUUUGCCAUCCGUGGCCUCCACUACGACAUUCAGAAGAGCCUUCUGAUGAAGAUUGACGCUUUCCAUUAUGUGCAACUGGGGACGGCCUACAGCCUGGGCUCAGGACCACUCUGGACUGAUGAAGUCUGUGUGCCACCCAGGGGCCUCCAGCCUGUGCCAGACGAGGAGGUGAUUGACCUAUAUGGGGGUACCCAGCACAUCCCACUGUACCAGAUGAGUGGCUUCUAUGGCAAGGGUCCCUCCAUCAAGCAGUUCAUGGACAUCUUCUCGCUGCCAGAGAUGGCACUGCUGUCCUGCGUGGUGGACUACUUCCUGGGCCACGGCCUGGAGUUUGACCAGGCACACCUCUACAAGGAUGUGACGGACGCCAUUCGAGAUGUGCACGUGAAGGGCCUCAUGUACCAGUGGAUCGAGCGGGACAUGGAGAAGUACAUCCUGAGGGGGGAUGAGACCUUCGCCGUCCUGAGCCGCCUGGUGGCCCAUGGGAAACAGCUGUUCCUCAUCACCAACAGUCCUUUCAGCUUUGUGGACAAGGGGAUGCGGCACAUGGUGGGUCCCGACUGGCGUCAACUCUUUGACGUGGUCAUCGUCCAGGCAGACAAGCCCAGCUUCUUCACCGACCGGCGCAAGCCUUUCAGAAAACUCGAUGAAAAAGGCUCUCUCCAGUGGGACCGUAUCACCAGCCUGGAAAAGGGCAAGAUCUAUCGGCAGGGAAACCUGUUUGACUUCCUGCGCCUGACGGAAUGGCGCGGCCCCCGUGUGCUGUACUUCGGAGACCACCUCUACAGUGACCUGGCGGAUCUCAUGCUGCGGCAUGGCUGGCGCACAGGUGCCAUCAUCCCCGAGCUGGAGCGUGAGAUCCGCAUCAUCAACACGGAGCAGUACAUGCACUCGCUGACGUGGCAGCAGGCUCUCACGGGGUUGCUGGAGCGCAUGCAGACCUACCAGGAUGCUGAGUCGCGGCAGGUGCUGGCUGCCUGGAUGAAGGAGCGGCAGGAGCUGAGGUGCAUCACCAAAGCCCUGUUCAACGCUCAGUUUGGGAGCAUCUUCCGCACCUUCCACAACCCCACCUACUUCUCACGGCGCCUCGUGCGCUUCUCCGACCUCUACAUGGCCUCCCUUAGCUGCCUGCUCAACUACCGUGUGGACUUCACCUUCUACCCACGGCGCACACCCUUGCAGCACGAGGCGCCUCUCUGGAUGGACCAGCUCUGCACCGGCUGCAUGAAGACACCCUUCCUCGGCGACAUGGCCCACAUCCGCUGAGGGCACCUUUAUUGUCCGAAUAGGCCCCAGCCCCUCUUGCCCCGCCCACUCGGGGCAUCUGUCCAGAUAAGCAAUAAAAGUGGUCUCCCUCCUG